AGUUCCUCGACCUUUUGAUGGAGGAGGAUUGAUCGAUCUUGGGUUAUGACCGGUGCUUCGUUCUUUCACGAGGACGAGAGUGUUCCGGAGGAGAUGGCGAAGGAGGAAGGGAAGACGGUAGCGGUCAAGAGCUCCGACGGCGAGGUGGAGGAGGCGGUGGCGAAGGAAUCUCAGACGAUCAGACAAAUGAUCGAAGAUGGAUGUGCUGAUUCCGGCAUCCCCUUGCCCAACGUUGCCAACAAGAUCCUGGCGAAGGUCAUCGAGUACUGCAAAAAGCACGUCGACGCCCAGAAGACCGGCGACGACAAGAUCCAAGAAGAAGAGCUCAAGGCGUGGGAUGCCGAGUUUGUUAAGGUGGACCAAGCGAUGCUCUUCAAUCUCAUUCUGGUCUUAAAUGAGGAUCUAUGGCUUGUGGAAGGUCAGCAAGAGCGGAUGAUCAAUGGGGCAAAUGUUUGGAACUGGCCUGUGGCAUAUGAUAAUCUUGGAGCAAGGUACAGAAUAUGGAGAGAUGCACUUGAAAGAGGCAACAAGAAGCUUCCAUUCGAGAGGUCCACAGAGUGAAAACUUCCAAAGAGUAGCUCAGAUUCCCACUUAUUUGGAAGGGAUGGUGAGAUUCAUUCUUCAUGAAGCUCUAGAUAAUAUGGAUUUUCCUGCCUUUGAAGUUUGAUUCACAGGAGUCCAUAAUUCAAUUCCUGGAAGGGCAGAAUCAAAAUUUCUUUCCGUCGAAGGAAAUUGUAUAUGGGUUAAGGCUUGCAAGCAAUUUGCGUCUUAAUCGUUUAGAGUAUUUUCAUGUACAGUGCCUAUGCUAGUACUAGGUGGUAACGAACAGGAGCUCCUUUUCACCCUUUUAUGACCCCAUCUGAAGGUUCAACGAGGCAUAUUCCCUUUUUUAUGUGAACUGGAAAAAUAUUUGGCAUUAUCAUGUCGAUGGUUAAAUUUGAUAGUAGAAAGGAAAAUUAUUUUUGAUUCA